AUGGCUUCCUUCUCGGAAUUUCCCGCCACUACAGGCAGGAACCGAUCAUCGGAUGCCACACCCGCCACACGAGAAGACUCAAUACCGGAGUCAAGUACGGGUAGUUUCACAAGCACGUCGUCAAUUGAAUCCGUGGAGGACGAUGAAACAGUUAUACUCAACAGACCGAUUGAACCGAGCGAGGAUGCAUCUGACAACAAUAAAACUCCCACCGCGACCGCCAGCCCAUCUCCCACUCAGAACUCACCCGCGAUCGAUUCCUCGAUCGAAGAACCGCGCAAAUGCUGGAUCUGCUAUACCGAUGAGACGGAGGAGUCGCCGCUGAAUGCUGAAUGGCGCUCGCCCUGUCCGUGCGCCCUGACGGCCCAUGAGGCGUGUCUUCUAGACUGGCUCGCCGAUCUCGAGAACCCGCGGUCCCGCAGGCGCAACGGCCACGGUGCAAAGAUGCAAUGUCCCCAAUGUAAGUCUGAGAUUGUGGUUUCGCGCCCGCGAAGCUACAUCGUGGACAUUGUGCGGAUGGUCGAGCGGCUUGCGGGGCGGCUGGUGGUGCCAGGGAUGGUCUUCACGCUGGCAGGAACUGUCUGGGCUGGAUGCUGCGCGCACGGUGUCUAUUCCAUGUAUUUCGUCUUUGGAACGGAGGAGGCGCGACAAAUUCUGAAGGAGACGGCGGAUGGGACGUGGAGCUCGGGGCUGAACCUCGGGUUACCGCUCAUCCCGCUGGUGUUGAUAUUCUCCCGGACCCGGUACGCCGAAGGGCUGCUGCCAGCCAUCCCGGUGUUAUUCUUCGCUACGCACAACCCAGGGCAGGAAUUCGACCUCGAUCUUUGGCCGCCUAGCGCGGCGAUCACUUUUGCGGCCCUGCCGUAUGUCAAAAGUUUCUACAGCGCGAUGUAUCAACGGUUUUUCGGCAAGUUGGAAAGGAAGUGGAUUUCAGAAGUGCAACCACGCCAAGCGGAUGUCAACGAGUUUGACGAUAAUGCUCCACCAGAGCACCCGGAAGGAAGGAACGAUGGUGGGAACGGCCAGAUAGUGAUGGAGAUUGAUCUGGAGUUCCAGCUUGGCAUGGGGAACGAUGAUGCUCAAAACGUUCUCGGCCUACACGCCGGAGAGAAUGCACAGAACAACGGGCAAAACCAAGGGGCUGAGCAGAAUGGAAAUGGCCUGGGGCUGGGGCGGCGAGACGACCUCAUUCACGAGACCAGCAAUCUUGCCGAUAUCAUUCUCGGGGCUCUUGCAUUCCCUGCCAUUUCAGCCUCGAUGGGAGGGCUGCUCAAGUAUAUACUGCCAAAAUCGUGGACGAGCGCGCCGGCCGCUCUGGAGCGAGGGCGACCGGGUCUGCUGCAGACACGAUGGGGACGGAGUGUUGUCGGCGGAUGUGUCUUUGUGUUGCUCAAGGAUGCACUGGUUCUCUAUUGCCGCUGGAAGCUUGCACAGACACAUCGGAAACGAAAAGUGCUCAAUUACGACCGGGAAAAGAAGAAAGUUGUAGGCGGUUGA